AUGGCCAGUACCGACGCCAGCAUCAUGAUAGACAUCCCACUCAGAUGCUCCCCAAAGGCGAUGUGCGACAAGCGGAUGGCAGCUGGUGAAGCCUUUGGGGCAUCAGAGCUGAGGCUUGCAGAUUGGCUCGUCGACCGGCAAAAAGCCAUUGGCCGCACGGCCCUGUAUCACAUGGGAGUUUGCCGCUUCCUCCUUGAGGCGGUCAGUGCUCCUUUCGCGCGUGCCGCAAUGGUGCAAGUGGCGCAAGUAGAACGGCUAACUUGCAGGGAGGAAACGGAAAAAGCCAAGAAGACAAAGGCCAGAGACUCGUGGAUCCUCUUCGUUCUCAUUUGUCUCAACUUCUUUUCAUGCCAGUUUGGCCACGGCUCCAACAUCGGUGUGGCUGUUUCGCUCCCGGGGAACUCGAAGGCCAUGAACUUGGCACUCGGAUCGUGGGUGAUGGUGGGCGUUUGCUUGGGCCUCCCUCUUACACCAUGGGCCUGCAGGACGUUUGGUGAGUUCAAUGUCGUCAUCGUGUGUACCAUCCUUGAUGUCAUCGCAAUGUUGCUCAUGACCGUGCCUGGCAUCACAAUACACCAAAUCUACGCAGUCCGCUUCCUCGUGGGCUUUUUCGAGGCGCCGUUUCUUCCCUACUUGCAGAAAUGGCUCUCCAAGCAUGGGUGCAACAAUUGGAACUUCAUGAACACGACCUUGCAUGCGAUGGUGCCUCUUGGUGAGAACGUGGGCUUCAUUGUUGCCCAGGAGUUGGUAAAUGCCGGUUUUCACUGGAAGUGGGCUUUUGUUGGCCAAGCCGCCGUUUUCGGGGUCACCGCCCUGAUGUGCUUGGCCUACGGUGGACGUCAGUACUUGGAGCUUUCGGACGAUCGCACGGACAGUGAGGAGGAUCUUGAGAAGCCGACAGGUGAAGUGGAGUACCCAAGCACCGAGCGGUGGGGUGUCUACUGGGCGACCAAUGUGUCCCUGGCAGCACAACUUGGUUUUCUCGGUGGGUGCCGGUACGUAAUUCGAGACUAUGCUACCUCCCGCGGCUUUGGCCUACACCUCGUCCUUUGCACCUUCUCGCUCAUUGCGUUGAUCGGCCCAGCACUUGGCGGCAGCAUUGCCAUGUCAGGGAGCGUGGUGCAGCCGGACAAGUGGAGUCAGCACCGGAGGACUCUUAUCUUCCUUGCGUCUGUCUCCAGCAUGGCCGCAAUCCUCGCAUCCAUCCUCCCCUAUGUCUCAAGCACCUUCUUUUGGCCGGCCUUGUUCCUGACUUUCUGCAUCGCCGGCGGCGUCUACCCGGCCGCGCAGGGCAUCAUCCAAAUCGCGCUGACCAGAAGCCGAGUGAUCGAAGCAUCCGUCUAUCAGGUGCAGUGCAACAACCUUCUCUUCGCCAUGCCCAUGCCCUACGGCAUCGGAAUUGCCAUGGACUCUUGGAGCAUCGGAGCCUCCUUCCGCCUCGUGGCCCUUUUCCAGGUGAUGGCCGCGGCGGGUUUCUCCUUGGCCGUGCUGUCGGCGGAUUGGGGCGAGCAGCGCAGCACGUGGAAUCGGCUGACAUCCCCACAAGACACAGCAAGCCUUCUCGAGGAGGGAAAAUCGCCCAAUGUGGAGCUCAUGAAUGUCUCCGACACAGUCGCGAAGGAAGAGAGAAAUCAUGUUCAUCAAGGUCACUGA